AUGACUGUCACCAUCUCCCCUGACCAGCCCAUUGACCUCCAAAUCGGUUGGCCCAACCCCGCGCUCCUCCCCGCCCCCAUCCUCCGCCACUCCGCCACGACCGUACUGUCCAAUCCCUCAAUCGCAAACCCAGCCCUUCUCUAUGGCCCCGAUGAAGGAUACGGGCCACUGCGCACACACAUUGCAACAUGGCUGAGUGAUUUCUACCAGCCACGCGAGCCCAUCUCAUCACAGCGCAUUUGCAUCACCGGCGGGGCUAGCCAAAACCUAGCAUGCGUGCUGCAAACCUUCACAGACCCGGUCUACACGCGGAAUGUAUGGAUGGUCGCACCGACGUACCACCUGGCCGCGCGCGUUAUGGAUGAUGCCGGCUUCGCCGGGCGCCUACGUGGAAUUCCCGAAGAUGACGAGGGCGUCGACAUAGCGGUGCUGGAGAGCGGGCUACGCGCUGCGGAGGAUAUCGCCCUGCGUGCUGGGAAUAUCGAGCCGAAACUGAAACCACCCAGACCCUGGCGCAAAAUCUACAAGCAUGUUAUCUACGGUGUACCGACUUUUGCGAAUCCCUCUGGGAAGAUUAUGUCGCUACGUAGACGUGAAGCGCUUGUUCGCCUCGCUCGUCAGUACGAUGCGCUAAUUGUUACGGAUGAUGUCUACGAUUUCCUUCAGUGGUCGGCUAAGCCGGACGGAGAGGAAAAUCUCGGUGAUCGCGCAUGUAUUGCGCGUAUUGUUGACGUGGACCGCUUCUUGGACGGUGGUCCACAGGAUGAAUGGGGACACGCACUAAGCAAUGGCAGUUUUAGCAAGCUAAUCGGUCCAGGGGCCCGCACUGGCUGGGCCGAGGCGUCGGAAAAGGUUGCCUAUGGAUUAUCACAAACAGGCUCUUCCCGAUCGGGCGGCGCUCCUUCUCAUCUAUGCGCCGCUAUCAUUGACCAGAUGUUCCCCACUGGCAUCAUCCAAACCCAUAUCCGCGACGUCCUCCAACCGAAAUACGCCGAGCGCUAUCACACCUUGCUAUCUGCAAUCCACAAGCAUCUCGUCCCGCUGGGCGUCACAGUCCCAGCACCCACUACCGCAGCUGGAGGCUACUUCAUGUGGAUUGGUCUACCAGCACCAUUACUCGCCGCCAACGUAGUCCAGCGAGCGCAGAGCGAAGAAAAUCUGCGUUUAUGUCCGGGUGAUCUGUUCCAGGUGCCAGAAGAAGACCCUCGGGUGCCUAAUGGGAAAUUUGCGGACCAUCUGCGUCUCUGCUUUGCGUGGGAAGAACCACAACACUUGGCGGAGGGAAUAUGUAGACUAGCGCGUGUUCUCAACCGUAUGACUCGUACCCAGGUCUAG